CACUGAAGAAUACGGGCCGUCCGUUAAUGCCAGUCCUCUUCUACCGUCGGAUUACAGCUGUGGAGGCACGCGAAGCGGUGGUUCUCCAGCCAUAAAACGUCGAAUAAAACCAAAAGUUCGUAUUCCGGUAACAAAAGUGAGUAGAGAAGACACCCCUUUAAUUGAGAAAUGGAUCAGUCUUUGCCAAAUCGUCAACAAAGAGGAGCGCCUCAAAAUGCUGCACCAGUCGGGGCCUUCAGACAGGGUAAUGCUCCUGCUGUAGAGAGAGGCAUCAUUAGUGGAGACAACAUCCAGUUCAGGAGGCUGCGACGUCACACACAGUCGGAGAGCUCUGGGGCUGAAGAAGAGUGGCUGAGCUCCUCCGUAGAGGCGAGCGGCUCAUAUGGUCAAAGCCCUGUCCUGCAGGGCAUGCAGUCUGAGGCGAUACGGUACAACUGCAACACCUAUGAACAGGCCGAGAGCAACCACCAUCGCCGACUUGCCUCUAAUGGCAACGGGCCGCUGUCAUCUUCUCCACGAAGCCCAAACACCAGAGGGUCCUUGACCUUCCACUCCAGACGCAUCCAUGGUCAGCAGCAGGAUCAGGGGUACCCCGUCACCACUGUAAAGGCCUCUGGGACCCCUCACCGUCAGUUCAGUAGGGGACGCAAUCGCACCUCCUCUGAGACUGAGCAGGGAGGCAAAGGCAGCAGGGGGCCACACCCGAGGAAGAGAGGCCUUUCUGAGACGGAAAGCCGGCCAAGAUGGGACAACGCCAACAUGAGUGGACUGCAGUGCCUCGCCACAGAGAACAUCUGGUUCGACAAACAGCGCUACGAUGAGGCGGAGAGGCGUUUCUAUGAGGGAGUCAAUGGCCCCUCCUCACCACAGCAACAGGUGAAAACAGCCCUGCAGCAGGCCAAAGGGCGCCAGCAGAAACGGCAGCACAGAAACUCAUCCUCACAUGGCGGAGGAGACCAAGAGCUGGUUUCACGCAUGAAGAGCCUGGAGCUGGAGAACCAGACUCUGCACAAAGUGGUGCAGGAGAUGAGAGCUGCCCUGCAGAAGCUGGAGUCCAGAGUGGUUAUGCUGGAAAAGAGCCCCGCAGCUGCAGCGGUCCCUUGUGCUAAGGCUGCUCCAGUCCAGGCUGCUCCAGUCAAACAGGUGAAGGUGGAGAAUGGCGAUGAUGAUGAUGACGACGACAUAGACUUGUUUGGCAGUGAUGAUGACGAUGAGGAAGCAACACGCCUUAAGCAGGAGCGCUUGGAUGCCUAUGCUGCCAAGAAAGCUAAGAAACCUGCCCUCAUUGCCAAGUCCUCCAUCAUCUUGGACGUGAAGCCUUGGGACGACGAGACGGAUAUGGCACAGCUGGAGCAGUGUGUUCGCUCAGUGCAGAUGGAUGGGCUCCUGUGGGGAGCUUCCAAGCUGGUACCAGUGGGCUACGGCAUCAAGAAGCUGCAGAUCAACUGCGUGGUCGAGGAUGACAAAGUCGGUACAGACAUCCUGGAGGAGGAGAUCACCAAGUUUGAGGACUUCGUCCAGAGUGUAGAUGUUGCUGCCUUCAAUAAGAUCUAAACUCCACCAGCACUUUUCUUGCUUCACCGAAGUGUUGCUGCUGUUCCCGGCUUGUACGGUUAAUAAAGCUAAGCUUUGAGCACAAA